AAAAAAACCUAAGGAAAAAGAAGCUCUUUGUCCUCUGUGUCGCCAUACAACAAUAUUACGAUUUUCUUCUUCUUCUUCAGUUUUGUUCUAUUUUGUAAUCUUCUUGCCAAACCCCUCUCAUUUUCCCGCACUUUCCCACCCACAGGGAGGAAAAUUCCCCAGGAAAAUGAGGUGGGAAAGGGUCCGACAACAAUACCCACAAAUGGGUCUCGGUUCGGGGCCCGGAAAAGGGUGGGGACACACUUGUAACGCCAUUAAAGGAGGCAGGUUUCUCUAUAUCUUCGGUGGUUAUGGCAGAGACAACUGCCAAACCAAUCAAGUGCAUGUCUUCGACACUGCAAAGCAGACAUGGACUCAGCCAUCGAUCAAAGGCACGCCUCCCCCUCCGAGGGAUAGCCACAGUUGCACAACCGUGGGUGACAAUCUCUUUGUAUUUGGUGGUACUGAUGGGACAAACCCUCUGAAGGAUUUGUACAUACUUGAUACUUCUUCACAUACUUGGAUAUGUCCGAAUGUUAGAGGUGAGGGUCCCGAGGCAAGAGAGGGUCAUGGUGCAACGCUGGUUGGCAAACGACUUUUCAUAUUUGGUGGAUGUGGCAGAUCUCCUGAUACCAAUGAUGAAGUGUAUUACAAUGAUCUUUACAUAUUGAACACAGAGACUUUUGUGUGGAAACGCUCUGUAACAACCGGGACACCGCCGUCUGCACGUGAUAGCCACACUUGCUCAUCCUGGAAAAACAAACUCAUUGUUCUCGGUGGUGAAGAUGGGCAAGAUUAUUAUUUGUCUGAUGUCCACAUACUUGACGCAGAUACAUUCGUAUGGAAGGAGCUGCAUACUUCCGGCCAGUUGUUGACACCUCGAGCUGGUCAUGCCACUGUUGCAUUUGACAGGAACCUGUUUGUGUUUGGAGGUUUCACCGAUGCCCAGAAUCUUUAUGAUGAUCUCUAUGUUCUAGAUCUCGAUACGUGUGUAUGGUCUAGGGUUCUUACAAUGAGCGAAGGACCUUCCGCAAGGUUCUCUGCUUCAGGGGACUGUUUAGAUCCUCAGAAGUCCGGUGUGCUUGUCUUCAUAGGUGGCUGCAAUAAGAACCUUGAGGCAUUGGAUGACAUGUACUAUUUAUACACAGGACUUGGACGUGAUGGGAUAGAUGAUCAGAGUCAAGGGAGGUUGUCGUUAAAGAAGCAACUGAAGCUAAAAUGUCAAGAACAAACUCUUGCUAAUUCCUUGUACGAUAAAGCUCUGGUCACGAUCAAUAUGGAUCAAGGGAGAGACGAUUUUCUUUUGGACCAGGGCCAGCUUACUCAAGGAAAGAUGACGUUUCAAGCAAGGGUUGCCGAGAGUUUCCCUCUUGGAUAUACUAUAGAAACUAUCAUUGAUGGAAAGGCCCUUCGGGGUUUUCUAUUUUCAAACAGGCAGAGCUCUGAUCUGAUGGCUGAUCACAGCUUUAGUAGGAAGAGGGCUGCUAUGUGGAAUGGUGAUCAAGAAAAUAGAUCGAAGACUUCAAUAAUUCUGAGCAAUGGUUCGAUGGCUAACCGAAGACAAGAUGAUGCAAUCAGUUCGAAGGAUUCUCCAUCAGAUGGCAUGGACACGGGCAUUGAUCCUUCCGGAUCUAAGAAGGUUUCUCCCUCACGUGGUACGGAAACGGUACCCAUAAACCCACUUGAUGUUAGUAUAAACACCUCAUUUCCACAUGCAACAGAACCUCCUGUUACACCAGAUGCGGAAAAUCAAGUAGGGGGAGGUGCUUCUCAACUCGAAAUGGGCCCUGCUGUGAACACAGAACCGAGUUCAGUUCCUCUGAACUUAAACAAUGACCAGACGAACAAAGUAUCAGAAUCUGGAAAUAAGGUUUCCAAAGAUGUUGGAGCUGCUGCCAUGUCUGAACCUGCAGACCAAUCUUCUCAAAACCAAGAUGAGAGAUUGGCACCAAUGGAAGAAGUGAAAACAGAGUAGCCAUGACGAUGAACAGCGACAAGAACAGUGUCAGCGUUUAACGGUAGCAUCAGAAAGGCGAAAAGCUCGCUCUUUUUUCUUUGGUACAUUUGAGGGAAAUAGGAUCGGGUAACGUAGAAGCAAGUUAGAAGCUUGUGCAUAAGGAACUCUUUACAGGAAAUAGACUAGCUGAUUGAUGAACAAAACACAAGUCAUUUUCUGAAGAUCUUUGAAGCUUGUGCACUCUUGCAGUCUAUUUUUUUUUGGAGAUGCAGGGUUAUUUGGGAUGAGCACAUGAUGUCUCUUUCCAUUACAAAAAAACAAAGAAGUGGUUUUCAAUUACUA